GAUUAUCAAGAUGGCGGCUGGUCAGGUCAAAGCAUUUGCAGUCAAGCCUGAUGACCUGAACCUGAACCCCAGGGCCUGCCUGCAUAGUGGUAGGUGGGAACCGACCCUUGUUAUUCUCUGACCUGUAUACUUGCCGUGACACACCCAAGCCCUCCCAACUCCAAGUAAAUAAUGCCAAAAAGAGGUCUUAGUGUAAAUAUCAAAAGUUUAAACACAUCACCAGAAAAAUAGUUGUCUGAUUAAGAGAACAAGCCAUUUUAGCAUGAUGGGAAAACUAGUACCCGUUAAAACAGCGUGGGCUGAUUGUAAUUCAUUGUUGAGAACCUGUGGAGAAGGAGAGGACCCUAGAAAGUUGGAGCUCACAGAGGGUGCCACAAAAUAGCUAGUUUUCUUCCUGGUGCUCCCAUAUGAACUUGAACCAGCACCGUGGCAACAACUGUAGCUGUAUUUGCACCCAGGGUGAACCAGAGCGGCAAGAACAGCGCCUUUCUGACCACCCCCGAGUGGAGAACGACUGACAACUUGCUAGUUUUGGAGCUCCGGUGACAUUUGUUUUGCCUGUGCUAACUUCAUUUCAUCUGUAGCAGGUUGAGGGCAAUUCUCCAUGAAUGUACGUCACCAUGAUGAUGACCGACCAGAUCCCCCUGGAACUGCCACCUCUGCUCAAUGGGGAGGUGGCCAUGAUGCCCCACUUGGUGAAUGGAGAAGCAGCUCAGCAGGUCAUUCUUGUCCAAGUGAACCCAGGUGAGACCUUUACAAUCAGAGCCGAGGACGGGACACUUCAGUGCAUCCAAGGACCUGCUGAAGUUCCCAUGAUGUCACCCAAUGGGUCCAUUCCUCCUAUCCAUGUGCCUCCAGGUUAUAUCUCACAGGUGAUUGAAGACAGCACGGGAGUCCGCCGGGUGGUGGUCACGCCGCAGUCUCCUGAGUGCUACCCACCGAGCUAUCCCUCAGCCAUGUCUCCAACCCAUCACCUGCCCCCUUAUCUGACCCACCAUCCACACUUCAUCCAGAACUCGCACACUGCCUACUACCCGCCUGUCACCGUGCCUGGAGAUAUGCCACCCCAGUUUUUCCCCCAGCCUCACCUUCCUCCCACAAUAUAUAGCGAGCAAGAAAUUAUCCCACUGUACGGAAUGUCGAGCUACAUCACCCGAGAAGACCAGUACAGCAAGCCUCCACAUAAGAAACUGAAGGACCGCCAGAUCGACCGCCAGAACCGCCUCAACAGCCCACCUUCCACCAUCUACAAGAAUAGCUGUGCCACAGUGUACAACGGCUACGGGAAAGGCCACAGUGGAGGGAGCAGUGGAGGCGGGGGAGGUGGCAGUGGCGGUGGACCUGGGAUCAAGAAGACAGAGCGAAGAGCGAGGAGCAGCCCAAAAUCCAGUGAUUCUGACCUGCAAGAGUAUGAGUUGGAAGUAAAGAGGGUGCAAGACAUUCUUUCGGGAAUAGAGAAGCCACAGGUGUCUAAUAUCCAGGCAAGAGCAGUUGUGUUGUCUUGGGCACCCCCUGUCGGACUGUCCUGUGGAUCCCAUGGCGGUCUUCCCUUCCCUUACAGCUAUGAGGUCGCCUUAUCUGACAAAGGGCGAGAUGGGAAAUACAAGAUCAUUUACAGUGGAGAAGAGUUGGAGUGUAACCUGAAAGAUCUCAGGCCUGCCACGGAUUACCAUGUGAGGGUAUACGCCGUGUACAAUUCUGUCAAGGGAUCCUGCUCCGAGCCAGUCAGCUUCACCACCCAUAGCUGCGCACCAGAAUGUCCCUUCCCUCCCAAGCUGGCACACAGGAGCAAAAGUUCACUUACCCUGCAGUGGAAGGCUCCAAUUGACAAUGGUUCAAAAAUCACCAGCUACCUUUUAGAAUGGGAUGAGGGGAAGAGGAACAGCGGUUUCAGACAGUGUUUCUUUGGGAGCCAGAAGCACUGCAAACUGACAAAGCUCUGUCCAGCCAUGGGCUACACGUUCAGGCUCGCUGCUCGCAACGACAUUGGCACCAGUGGUUACAGCCAGGAGGUCGUGUGCUACACGUUGGGAAACAUCCCUCAGAUGCCUUCGGCUCCCCGGCUUGUCCGAGCCGGCGUCACCUGGAUCACCCUGCAGUGGAGCCGGCCAGAAGGCUGCUCGCCUGAAGAAGUGAUUACCUACACCCUGGACACUCAGGAGGAUGAGAACGAUAGCCAUUUCCACCCAAAAUACACUGGAGAGGACCUAACGUGUACUGUGAAAAAUCUCAAACGGAGCACACAGUAUAAAUUCAGGCUGACUGCUUCUAACAUGGAAGGAAAGAGCUGCCCCAGUGAAGUCCUGGUUUGUACAACCAGCCCCGACAGACCUGGACCUCCGACCAGACCCCUCGUUAAAGGACCCGUCACAUCGCAUGGCUUCAGUGUCAAGUGGGAUGCUCCAAAGGACAAUGGUGGCUCAGAAAUCCUGAAGUAUCUGCUGGAGAUCACGGACGGAACUUCUGAAGCCGGGCAGUGGGAAGUGGCCUACAGUGGAUCGGCUACAGAGCAUGUCUUUACCCAUUUGAAACCAGGCACUUUGUACAAACUGCGAGCGUGCUGCAUCAGUACCGGCGGGCACAGUCAGUGUUCUGAAAGCCUCCCUGUCCGCACACUAAGCCUUGCGCCAGGUCAGUGCCGACCACCGAGGGUUUUGGGUAGACCAAAGCACAAAGAAGUCCACUUAGAGUGGGAUGUGCCUGCGUCUGAAAGUGGCUGUGAGGUCUCAGAGUACAGUGUGGAAAUGACGGAGCCCGAGGACGUCGCCUCAGAGGUAUACCACGGGCCCGAGCUGGAGUGCACGGUUGGCAACCUGCUGCCUGGAACUGUGUACCGCUUCAGAGUGCGAGCUCUGAAUGACGGAGGGUAUGGCCCCUACUCUGACGUGUCAGAAAUCACCACUGCCGCAGGGCCCCCUGGGCAGUGUAGAGCACCGUGUGUCUCCUUCACGCCUGAUGGAUGCGUCCUGGUGGGCUGGGAGAGCCCUGCGAGCCCUGGUGCCGACAUCUCUGAAUACAGGUUGGAGUGGGGAGAAGAUGAAGAGUCCUUAGAACUCGUUUAUCAUGGUCCAGACACCUGCUUUGAGAUGCGAGAUCUGUUGCCUGCUGCACAGUAUUGCUGCAGACUACAGGCCUUCAAUCCAGCAGGCGCAGGGCCGUAUAGUGAGCUUGUCCACUGCCAGACACCGGCCUCUGCCCCCGACCCUGUCUCCACUCUGUGUGUCCUGGAGGAGGAGCCCCCCAGUGCCCACCCGGACUCACCCUCUGUGUGCCUUGUACUGAACUGGGAAGAGCCGUGCAAUAAUGGGUCUGAAAUCCUUGCUUACAACAUCGAUCUGGGAGACAGCUGCAUCACUGUAGGCAACACUACCACACACGUGAUGAACAACCUCCUUCCAGAGACGACAUACCGGGUCAGAAUUCAGGCUAUCAAUGAAAUUGGAGUUGGACCAUUUAGUCAGUUCAUUAAAGCAAAAACUCGGCCAUUACCACCUUCGCCUCCUAGGCUGGAGUGCGCUGCGUCUGGUCCUCAGAGCCUGAAGCUCAAGUGGGGAGACAGUAACUCCAAGACACAUGCUGCUGAUGACAUGGUGUACACACUACAGUUGGAAGACAGAAACAAGAGGUUUAUCUCAAUCUACCGAGGGCCCAGCCACACCUACAAGGUCCAGAGACUGACAGAGUUCACCUGCUACUCCUUCAGGAUCCAGGCAAUGAGCGAGGCGGGGGAGGGGCCGUACUCAGAAACCUACACCUUCAGCACAACCAAAAGCGUGCCUCCCACCCUCAAAGCACCUCGAGUGACGCAGUUAGAAGGGAAUUCCUGUGAAAUCUUCUGGGAGACUGUACCACCGAUGAGAGGUGACCCUGUGAGCUACGUUCUACAGGUGCUGGUUGGAAGAGACUCGGAGUACAAGCAGGUGUACAAGGGAGAAGAAGCCACGUUCCAAAUCUCAGGCCUCCAGAGCAACACAGAUUACAGGUUCCGCGUGUGUGCCUGCCGCCGCUGUGUGGACACGUCUCAGGAGCUCAGUGGCGCAUUCAGCCCCUCUGCGGCUUUCAUGUUACAACAGCGUGAGGUCAUGCUUACAGGGGACCUGGGAGGCAUGGACGAGGCCAAGAUGAAGGGCAUGAUGCCCACCGACGAACAGUUUGCCGCACUCAUCGUGCUUGGCUUCGCGACCCUGUCCAUCUUGUUUGCCUUUAUAUUACAAUACUUCUUAAUGAAGUAAAUCCAGCAGGCCAGAGGUAUGCACGGGACGCCACACGUUUUAAUACACAUUUACUCAGAGCCUCCCCCCUUUUACGCUGUUAAGUUCUUUGAUUUCUAUGCUUCUCCUGUUUUACACAUUUAGCUAGGGGAAAGAGUAUUUGGCUGCACCUAUUUGAGAUGCAAAACUAGGAAGAGGUUAAACUGGAUUUUUUUUUU